UGCCAUGUGGCGACCAGCGUUGCCACCUGGAUUCAGAUGGUUCCCAAUAUUGCGGAUAUCUUGUGGGUGGAUUUUCUUCGUUAAUUGCAAUUUAAUCAAUGACAAACAUCGAGGAUGAAGCCUGGCAGGACCUCGUGGGCAUUGGGGCCGAUCCGCCUAUCAGACGCGAUAAGUGCGAGCAGUGCAAACGUCCAGUGGUUGUUUGCUGGUGUCCCGCCCUGCCUAGUCCUCCUGAGGCGGUAGCCUCACAAAUUGUGAUUCUUCAGCAUCCUGCCGAGGAGAAGCGUUCUCUGCGCACGGCUCUGAUGCUUCAGCUGGGCCUGGAGCCUGGAAAAUGUGUAGUGUAUAAGGGAAAGCGAUUCCCGAACCUCAAACACCCUGCCGAGCUGCAAAGGAUUUUGGAGUCUCCGCAAACGCUAUUGCUUUAUCCUAGCCGAGAUUCGGUCCCCUUGGAGGAGGUAGAUCGCAGUGCUGGUCCCUACACGCUGCUACUUAUAGACGGCACUUGGCCGCAGGCCAAAGCCAUUUACGCCAGCAGUCCUGCUUUACAUCGCCUCCGUCAAGUUAAACUUAUUGCUGUGGGCAUAAGUGACUAUAUCAUCCGCACACAACCCACAGAAGGUUGUCUCAGCACCCUGGAGACAGCGGCACAGUGUUUGGCAGUGCUUGAAUCCCGACCAGAAUUGCGGCAAACCCUUGUCCGGCCUCUGCACACUCUUUGCAAGUACCAACUGGAUAAUGGAGCGGUGGAGCACCAGUCCAAGGAGUUUCUAUUGAAAAACAACCAGUACCCCAAACCCAUUGGCAAGCGGUUGAGUCGCCUGCUCAACUACAGCAACACUGUCUGCGGCGGCGGUCUUGAAAAGGAUUCGAAUACGUGA